AUGAUUUUUGUUUAUAUGUAUUCCUUGUGGUGAAAAUUGUGGUGUCAAAGAUGUCUUCCGAAGGAACUUUAAGUGUUGGAAGGGAAGGAGAAGUGGGGAGCCUAAGUUCAAGCUUGAGCUCUACCUCAAGCUCGAGCUCGGGUGUGAAGAAUGAAAGUAGGACAUCUGUUAGUGGAGGUAGCAAGGUUCAGAAGUAUAGUACUAUCCCGACAAACAUUUUAGAAGUUGAUGAUUGUCGGGAUAGGUGUUAUGGUGAAAGGGAAGAAGUGGUGGGGGACGUUAUAGGGUAUAAGUUGUGCUGGAAGAGUAGGGGAGAGCUGGGGUAUUUGGUGGAGAAUUACGGCAUCCCACCUCACGUGCUGGUAAGGCCAGCCAAGAGUGAGGAACGGGCAUAUUCAGCCCUAAAGGAUCACUGGAUGCCUCUGUAUGUGCAUUAUCUAGUAGCUAGAUUUCGAUUUCCUAUCCCCAAAUUGCUGGUGGCAUUGUUGAAAAAGUACGGGAUCGGGCUGAUACAGCUCAUCCUGAAUGGAGUUAGAUUGGUGGUGGGGUUUUUAGUCUACUACCAAAUUCGAGGCGGAGGAAGUGAGAAAGAGAAGGGGUGGUUUUAUUCCACACCUUGGAUGGCAGGAGGUAGGAGUAGGAACUUGAUCAUAGCAAGUUCUUCUUCUAUUAAGGGGUGGAAGGAGAAGUUCUUCUUUGCUGAUGAUACAGAGUGGGGGAGAAGAGAUGGAGAGGUGGAGGAGCUCAACAAAUGGAAGGGGAAGAAGCUGAACCCAAAUAAGUACCAACUGGGGGAGGUGGAAACAGAUGAGGUGGAGAGGCUGGACAAGGUUGGAAGGGAGUUAGUAGAUAUAAUGUACCUAACUAGUCCAAAUGUGGUGGAGUCGUCUGGGAUCUAUGAGAGGAGCUCGCUGAAAGAGAUGAAUCGUUUAAGAGCGGGAGGUAAAGUUAUAAGGCUGCCAGAGAAAAGGUCUAUGGCAUCAGCUCCGAGUGCCUUGGAGGAAAGAAUCGAUCCAUCCUUGCGAGAAGUGAAGGUUGUAACACACAGGAAAGGGAAAAGCUCUAUUCCCUUUCCUAGGCAAACGUCGAGCUUCCUCGAGUCCGACAGGAUAGCUGCCAAGCGAUUCAUCAACUCCCACUUCCCUAAAGUGGAUCUACAGAGGGCCAAGGAUGAAAUGACGCUGAAUGGAGGAGCUGGGGUAGUUAGGCAUGCCUUGGAGGUGAGAUUUGAGUUCUUCGACUGCCUCCUGGAGCGAGUUACCUUGGCUGGGAAGAACGAGGAGCUCAGCCAGCAAAAAGAAGGGACUGAGAAAAGCUUCGAUGAGCUGAUCUUGGAGCUUGAGAAGGUCAAGGAGAAGUUGGCCACUUCCAAGAAGGCUGUCAAGCUAGAGGAGAAGAAGAAGAAAAGAUGCGAAGAAGCUCUAACUAAGAGAGAAAGUGAGCUGGCCGAGGUGGUGGACCUCUGCCGCUUGCCAACUUUGGUGAUGGCCUUUAUUGAUUGUCGUAAGAAAGUGAAGGCUCAGAAUCCAAAGGUGGAUGUGACCAACAUCACGUUCAGCCCUGAGGAAGCAAGGGUAGAGAAAAACAAGGGUAGCAAGACAGCAAAGUUCCAUCUCGAGAUAAAACUAAAGUGGGAACGGGAUGACGUUGGGAAAACUAUCUUCCCUCCCAUCUUGGAUUAUGAGUUCGUCACAAUCGAUGAGGAGGAGGUCGAGGUUCCACGAGAAACCAAAGUGGUAGAAAACGUGCGGAACGAAGAGGUGGACCAACAGCAUCACAUCAUUGAUUGAGCUCGGCUAGCUCGUUCUCUAUCUUCUUCUCUCUCUCUUUUGAAUUGUACCCUUUAAGAACAGGUGUAUUUUGUUUUUGAUUUAAUGCAUUGGAAAUUCAAAAAUUACUAUUGUUUAUUAUUUCAGCAUAAAUGUGUGACUUCUGACCUCGGAACAAUAACUUCAAAUAACAGACAUUAGAACUGUAAUAAAACAUUUAACUUAAU